UGGGUUUUACCGGCAGCGGUGGCCGCCCGUUUCCUUCGCUCCUGGCGUCCUGAACAUUCACCCCGGCCUCCCCAGCCAAGGUGGGGAGGGAGCAGUUAUCAGAGGCAGCCCUUAUCUCGGCCCCGCAGUCCUUCAUCCCCGUGGAGCCGGAGGAGCAGGAGCGAGCAGGAACGCGUGCGCCAGCGUGCGCAGCACCCACUGGAGAGCGCGCGUGGGUGAGCGUGCACCGGCGUGCAAGGGCGCACGGUGCCCACCGGCGAGCACGCGUGGCCGAGCUGAGCCACCCCUCGCAGCGCCUGGAGGAGCAGUUAACAGCCCGGGGGACACAUCAUGGGCAACUGCAUCCCAGUGAGCCCCAAAGUCCUGCAGAACGAAACCUUCGUGGACCUGAUGGACCUCCUGGGCAACUUCACCACCGACGAGGACUACCUGAUGGACUACUCCUCCUCCGAGCCCUGCCACAACGCCUACUGCCCCUUCUUCCAGCGCGCAGCCCCCGCUUUCCUGGCCACCACCUGCGUCGCCGCCGCCCUGGCCACCGGCGCGCUGCUGGUGGCCUUGGCCAAGCGUCCCCACGCGUGGCCGUGCCACCGAGCCCUGGUGGCCCAGCUGGCGGUGGCGACCGGGCUCUUCGCCGCGCUGCUGCCGGCGGUGGCGGCAGGCAUCGUGCAGGGCUGGCGGCUGGGCGCGGGGGCUUGCAAGGUCACCCAGCUGCUGUGGCACUGCAGCGUCUUCGCCCAGGGGCUGCUGGUGGCCAGCGGGUGCUGCAGCGGCAUCUGGAGCCACUGGGAGCCCCGCAGCCAGCGCCUGGCUGCAUGCAUCUGGCUCGGGGCGCUGCUGCUGGCCGUGCCGGCCGCGCUCGCCGGCGGCACGGUGGCGGCUCCGGAGGCGAGCUGCAUCCACCGAAACGUCGACGUCUUCUCGCCCGUCUACCUGCUGCACCUGGCUUCGUGCCUCUGCGUCUUCCUGCUGCUGCCGGCCACGCUGCUGGUGGCCACACUGGUCCGCGCAGGGCGAGGAGGGGGCUGGGGGUCCGGGCUUGGAGCGAGUUGGCUUUUCUUCGUGCUCUGGGUGCCCUACGGCGUGGGGCUGGCCGUGGAUUUCCUCCUGUACGCCGAGGUGCUGCGGUACACCUGCAGCAUCUUCGAGAGGUUUGAUUACGCCCUGGGGCUGUGCGAGGCGCUGGGGGUGCUGCACUGCUGCCUGGCGCCCGCCGUGCUGCUGGCCACCGGGCUCUGCCACCGCAAGGUGGACGCUGACGGCGGCUUCUGAGCACCCCCGGCACCCCAAAACCAGAAGCUGGACCCCGGCACCAUCCCCAGGGGGCUGGCAAAGCCCAGUUCCCCAUGGGUGACAUUGGUCCUCCGCCACCCGUGGGUGGCAUUGUCCCCCCAGCACCCUCCCCUCCUGACCUGUGACCACCAGCAGUGCCAAGAGAAAGCCUCAGCGUGGCCACCAGCUCCAUCGUGCUCCUUUUUGGGGGUCACCACCAGGCUCUCAGCACCCUCAGACACCCCGUUUGGGGCCAGACACCCCAAUUUGCACAACGGCCAUGUCCCCGGGGUACCCGCAGCCCCUCGGGAGGGGUCAGCCCCAGCAGACAGGGCAGCGGCAGCGGGGUUUUAUUUAUCCCCACGGGCGCACCGACGGGGGGUUAUUGGCUCUCUCCCCACAAGCCGAGAUGAACGCCCUGUCUGUGAUCACCCGGGGGAGAUUAUCUGCAAUAAAUGAAUCUGCCAGA